AUGGCUGGCAUUCAUCAGUCAACGGACGAUUUUGGCGGACGAGAGCACGGCCUCCAUUUUACAAACGAUGUUUGGAACAAUACAAUUACCAACGGAGACGAAUUCAUCUUGCACUGGAACGAGACAAUCGACGCAAAACUGGGCACAUUGGGCUUGUUCAAGGUCACGUACCCGAGCGACGGCGUGGUGGUAUAUGAGGUCGCGCAAAACAUCACGAGCCUCCAGCCGACAUAUUGCAAGUGGAGACCUGAGAGUUUAGGAGAUGGCCUGUACUCAUUCUGGCUUGCAAGUGAUCGUGUUUCCAAUGCGAGCUUCGCUAUUUCGCCGCCUUGGACCGCGAAGCAACCGAAAGUCCGCAGCUUUACCUGGGCGGCACCAUUCCUCGUGCCGAUAUGCUUGCUACUGUUUCUGUACUUUGCGUGCGUGGCCACGUGCCUGCUUUACAGAAGGCGCAGGACAGCAAAGCGACAAAGAGAAGCGGCUGCCCGUGCUGCCAAGCGACGACGCGCCAUCUCGGCAUCAGAAAAUGAUGCCGAAGAAUCCUACAUGAUGUCGAGACGACGUGACAACCGACAAGACUCUGUCGAUUCCAACAUGACGCUGGAACCACUUGAGCCGCCGGAGGACGUGUUAACAAAGCAGGGUGUAUGGCUACCUACAACGACAACAUCCUCAAAUGCGGGCUCUGAAGACACGGUCGUGUCGGAGAGCUCCCAAAUGGCAGAGCGAAGGGCUGCACAUAAGAAAGCUCUCGCCGAGUCGGCUGUGCGAUUUGUGCGAACAGCGCCAUAG